ACGCGGCAAAAUGUCUUCGUCGCUUGUUUGAAAUUCAACGCGCCGAACAUGACCGAUCACAGCGCGAGAACUCCCGAAUGCAGUUUCGGCAGGUUUGCCACCGAAACCCUUAUUCAGCAAGACAGACGCCAUCACAACAGUCAGGUUGCCUCUCAGCUCGCCAUACAAGGCAGACAGACCACCCAGUCAACCAGAGAGCACCAAAUUGUCACGUGGUGUCCUGUCACCCAGUGAUGAACCAAUCAGAGUGUACCAAACCCAUUCACAAGUCAAUAAAAAUUUUCUCGAACAGUUAAGCGGUGUUGGAAGCUUGUGACUCAUCUCGAGCAACGUAUAUAUUGCCAAAAACGACUCUCCUCGAUAGGAAGACUCAACAGAUUGUCUUUGGUUUGGCCAUAUUGGCCUGGAAGUCAAUGAGGCUAUUGACUGGAUUUUCCAAAAGCUCUUUUCGGAGAGAAAACUCCCAUUUUUCUAUGACUUCGUACCCAGCUGCCGUAAAUGUUCAGUUUUCGCCAAAGUUGUUUCGUAACGCAUUUGUUUACUAACAGUGGGGUCUUCGAAAGUGUAGUCGUCACGUUUGUAUUUCAUACAUUUUAGACAUUUGUGGAAAUAACAACCAUGAAACUCGAAUAUUUGAUUUGUUUCGUAUCGACCGAAACCGAACUUUCGGUCGGACACCAAAAAAUAUGUUGUCAAAAGCCCUAAAUGUCAUUGAGCUUCUAAUAUAUUUGAUAAUAAUUGAAUUUUAGAGAAGUGACAUCUAUGUGUGUUACUUCAACACAGUUUAAUUAUAACAAAUAUAAUGUUAUUCUGUCACUUUCAGGUUGAUGAAGAAGUCUUUUUACAAGUAUAUAUUCCACAACGAUUGACAGAGGUAAUAGAUUUUGAGCGAGACGUAAAUCAAGCAAAAGCAGGUCUUUCAGAAAAUUUAGUAUACAAAACUCUAGUAGGUUUGAAAUCUGAUCUGAGUGGUACUGUUCAUUGGCCAGAAAUAUUAAAUGGAAAUGAAGAAAAUUGUGAAGAUCAGACUGAGUAUGAAAAAAAUCUUGAUCAACUUUGUUACAAAUACAAUUUUACAACAAAAAAACUCUCCCACACCAAAUUCAGUUUCAAGGUUUGUCAGCCCCAUUCGUUAGAGAUUUCGAGUUGAGCUUGUGAAAAGCCAGGGAAGUCGGUUUUCAUGUCGACUUUUCUGGCUUCUGACAGGUUGAGCUCAACAUCGUUUAGGGAUAGAGCCGGCCAACCUUGGUGCAUGGAAUAAUAAUUGUGGGGGAUUUUUUUUGUUGCAAAAUUAUAUUUAGAACCAAGUUGAUUCAGAAUUGUUUUCAUGCUCGGUCUGAUCUUCAUGAUUUUCUUCAUUUCCAUUUAAUAUUUCUGGUCUUCAAGCAGUACCACACAAAUCAGAUUUCUAGAGUUUUGUAUACUAUUUUGAUGACUUGCUCAAAAUUUAUUACUAUUACCCCUGUCAGUCUUUGUGGGAUACAGGCAUGUAAAAAUAUUUUUUUGUCAACCUGAAAAUGACAGAAUUAUUAUUUGUUGAUAUGUCUAACAGAGGCAUAUAAUAACAAUAUAUAAGCCGACAAAAUUUAAAGGUGAAUAUUAUGAAUAAUGAAAAUGGGUGAAGUGGCACGGUAGAAAAUGUAUGUUGCAGAAAGUGAAAUGUAUUGUGUUGAAAAUUGUUAUCUUGACUUUUAUGUAUUAAAAUUUGUUAUACUUGCCUUUUGUAUAUUAAAAAUUGUUAAAAAUAGUUACAGGCAUUUUUUCAACUGGACGAUUGUCAAAACAUCAUUUGAUGGUUAAUGUUAUGAAUAACGAGUAAUUUUUUCUGUUUAGUUUGAGUCGGCCUAUAAGCCGACCCUGCUUAGAAACUGGGAAGUGCCAAAACUGAAAUGUGAUAAACCACAAAAAAGGACAGGCAAAACCAGGGUUAUAGCAAACGAUAGAGGACACUUAUUACCAAGUGCCCAUAAAUUGAAUUCCCGUCCUUGGGGAAAUUAUGUAGGUACUUGGAGGUUGCCCAAUAAAAUUGAUCGAGAAACUGCAAAUCAGUUAAAUGGUUUAAUCGAGCUGAAAGACUCUAAAAAAGGCGGUUCUUUAUUUAAAAAUGUAGAAGAUCACAACAAAACAGAAAAUGAGGAUACAAAUAAAGAAAACAUUGAAUACUCAAAUAAAGAGUCCAUGCCAUACGUUCCUGGUGAUUUGACAGAAAAGCAUCACCAACUUCCAAGUCACGAGGAGCUUGUAGCUGACCGUUUCUCAAAAGAAAAUUCGCCUUCAAGUGGUCUACCUAAUAUUCGGGAUGACUUCUCGAAACCUCUACCAGAAACUAAAAGAGACCUUACUGAAGAAGUAAAUGACUUUUAUAAAUCACACAAGGAAAUGGUACUUGCAGAAUGUCAUAGAAAACUCACAGGAAAAACAAAAAAAGAUCGGAUACUGUCUCCGAUUUUGGCUGCUAUAUCCAAUUUCAGCCUUGCCAAAAAACUACAUAAAGAAAACUUGGAACAUAAUCCUCUUCCAGAUACCAUAAGUGAUUCAAUGUACCAAAAAAUGCAGAUGCAACAAAGAGCAGGAGAGCCAGGACUUAUGCUGGAAGAUGAUCACUUUGCUACUGGUGUUGGAUGGAAGGGUUAUCCAGGGUAUGGACCCACAAGAUGCACAAAACUCAAAAUAUACAGGCCAAAAACAUGUGGGCGUAUGAAAGAAGAAGACACCAGCAUAUCAAGUUUCGAUAAGAAAUGGCGUUUUUUACGACAAAGUAAAGUCACUCCUAUGGAUUUAGCUAUAUGCUGGGACAUGACCCCAGAGGAUCCCAAAGAUGAACCCCAGAGAUCUGCCCAUAUUGAUGGUUCCAAUGGAUCUGCUGCCCCGGCCGUUUUCAAUCUUGUACAUACCCCAAAAGAAGAGGAAGUGGAACGAAAAUGCGACGGCAUCCACGGUUGUGGUCCCUUAUUUGAUCACAGUAACAAAGGAUCAGAGGAGAAGGAUUAUAUAUUUCAUAGAUCCAACAAUAAUCCCCCUAGUUUAGAUAGCAAUAAGUCGGAGACAAGCUCCAGAAAAAAGCGUGCACAAAGUGCUAAAGAAGUUGAGAAGCAAUCUGCAAUUUCAAAAGCAAGCAGUUCUAGUAAUAAAUCUCGCGCAAAAAGUGCUUACAACUUGAACGAAUCCGAACAUUCUCACAGCUCCAAAGAAACCAAUAACAAUUCCAUAUACAAUAAAUUACGUCACAGUACACCCAACUUGGGUGAGCAUGAUCAGUGCGGUGAACAAAACUGCAAGAAAUAUUUGAGUAGACUACCCAACAAUAAAUUUUGUGUUGCGUGUGAGAUGAAGAACAUGUCAAUAAAAGAAAAAAGGCCCAAGUCAGAAUAUAAGAUGGCAUUUAAGGCUGGCGUACCGCGAAAAAUUAAGUCGAAGAGAGAAGAUUAUCCCGAACAUUGGAGGCUGGCUACAGUCUACCAGCAUUCUUAUAAACCCAUCCAAUACAGAAAAAGACCAAUGCUUCAAACUGUUUUCAAAUAAGUUGGGUUCACUUGUGGACAAAUUUGAGUUCUGGUUCUUAUUGCGAUGUCAAUUCGUGAAUGAUAUGACAGUUAUUUCUGAUACCUCAAGUGAUCUUACUUAGCUUAGUACUUACCAGUAUGAAAAGUUAGGGAUUCCAAUAAUGGGUUCCAAAAGUUAGAAAAAUCUUUGAAUAACGAUCUAAUUUUCUAAAUAUUACAUAUUUGAAGGCGUAGUUUCAAUUUCGCUGUCUGCUUCUGAAAUUAAUGAAGCUAGUGCUAUUUUGCAAAAAGUAAUUUUGUAAUUACGUUUCAUUCUCUCCAUGAAAGUAUUUUUGAUGAAUUAGAGAUCCAAUUUCUACAAUUUUCAGAAAUUUAACUCUGAUGGCAACCCUGUUGUAAAAAAUUGUACAGAUGGCCUUUAAUUGGAGAAAACCAGUUUUUCAUAAAAAUUUCACUAGCUGAUCAUGGCAGUUCAAACUCGAACCUGAAAAACCUCAGUAUUUCAAUAUAUAUAUGCGAUGUGUCGAGUACGGUUUGGCUCGAGUCAGACUCGAUUCCUGCUUUAGAACUCGAAUACCAAUUUAUUUUGAACGCCGGACUCGAGUCAGGAAGAAUCGAUUCGCUAACUCGAUUCUAUUUAUGUGAGUCCAAACUCCAACUGACUCGAGUCUCGUAUUCGAAUUUGGUUAACUCGCUCGUACAAGCGUUGCCAACCGUACUAUAUAUACGUCAAGCUAUAUAAAUCUGUCAAAUUUCUGUAAUCAAUUUUGAACUUUAUAGCGAAAUAAUAAGGGUGGUUUCCGUUUGGGAAAAUUUGACAGUUUGUGGUAACUUAAUGGGCUGCCCACCACGAUCGUACGCAAAAUAUUCAAAUAUUAGAAUAAAGUAAAAAAAAAUAGCCGAUUAAUUUUAUUUGCCGAUAUAAAAAAUCAAUAACAAUAUACAGUUGGUUUUUUUAUUCAUAAUGCACUCUUCCAACCAUUUUUAAACUGAAUUAUUGAUUUAUUAUUGUUGUGUCAUUAUUCUUAACCUAACUUACACGCUGUUUGAAGUUAACUCCUUUUCAUUUUUCCCGAUUGUUCGAAAAUCGGACUCUAGUUCUGGACUAGAAUUUUCAGACUCGAAUUUCUAGACUCGAGUCCAGCCGAACUCGAGUCAAUAUUCGAAUAUCAAACAUAGAAUUCGAGUACUGUCUCGAAUCAGGGAAUCGAGUUAUGAUUCGAAUACCGUAUAAACUGACUCGAUCCAUCAAAAAGCAACUCUGCCUCUUCUCCCCCAGGAAGUUUGGUUUGAACCUCGGGUAUAGGUCACAAUCAAGAAGUUUGGAUCUUGAGUUAUGGGGUUAAAACGAACUUCUAAUUCAGCUUUCAAGAAGGUUCGAAUAUGUAAUACAACAACGAAAAUAUCCGAAUUGGAUCGAGUCUCCCCUACCGUUCACGCGCCGCCUACGCAAGAAUGUAUCUUGCGAUGCACCAAAUGGCAACG